GCGCCUCCCGGCAGCCGCUGAGCGCGGCGGCCCCAGCCGCCACCCGCGGGUGGGUCCUGCGGCGGCCGGCGGAGCGCACCUCACAGCCUCUGGUGCUGAGCAGCCCACUCGUGACGAAGCCCUGCUCAGGGACAGCACUCGUGCCCUCAACCACUCCAACAGAAGUUUGAGGAGAGCAUGUCUGCGUAGCCCCGGUGCGCUGCCCCUGCCCAGGGCUGCUGUGGUGGAGCUGGAUUGUCCCCGUAAUGACGGCUCCUGCUUUUUCCAGUGAUGGGUCCUGCUGGAAAGAGGUUUCUGAUGGCACAGCUGUGAGUGAAACCAGCACAAUAUGUUCAGUGUUGAGGACCUCCUGAUUUCUCAUGGAUACAAAUUGUCAAAAAAUCCCCCUGUUUCAUAUGAGAACAGAUAUGAUGGAUACCGGCAUGAAAUCGUGGGGAACAGAUCUGCUCAGAGAACGCUGAACGGGUUUGAGACAGAAUUGAGAGCUGGGGCAUACAGCAAGAAACCUCUCGUGAAAACCAACUCGAGCAGCACUGAAAGCAGCCAUGGGAGCCAAGGGAGGCAAGCGGGUCCUGGUUACCACCAUGACGUUCAGGGUUUGUCCACUUUUCAUACUUCAAAAGGGGGGGUUUAUGAUAGGCCUCAAUUAGCAUGGUCUUCCCAGCCCAAGACUGAUAAAGAUCUUGCCUACUGGAGAAGACGAGGACAGGACUUCAGUGUGCUCCUGGGCUAUUCUCAGAAAGGUGGUGUGGAAAUGAAAGGCCUGGCUGCAGCCCCGGGGGCACCCCGGCACCCCAAGGAGAGUCAGCUGAAGGUGGGGACGGGCACAGGGUACGUCAGAAGCGGCCUGCGGGAGGGCUGCGAAGUGCCUGGCGACUGCAAAUGGCAAAGUCUGGGAAUGGAAAACUGGAACCAGCCAAAAAAGGUAGGGAGGCAAAUGUCUGAGGGUGACAGGGAGAAACUCCUUCAAGAGCUGUAUUCACUGACUCUGGGAGACAACGUACUCAGCGCCCAGAACAAGGGGAAAUCGCAGUCAUUGCCGAGGGUCCUUUCGCCAGAGAACAUGAGGUGUGUGGAAAUGCCCCCACUGACCAACAGUAACAACUCGCUCAGCGUAACUAAAACCCCCUCCUAUCCCCCAAACAGACUGAGUGUGGAACCAGCCAAGCACCAUGAAAUGGGAGGCCAUUUCCUUCCCCUGGUGAAACCCAAGUAUGGGAGACCUCUGAAGCCUCCGUCCUAUGAACUGCAGCGGCAGACAAGGGCACCUGCAGAAACUGCAGGUUUCCAGGACCACUACCAGAAAGAUGAACCCACCUCCUACUUAGCCAAAGUUAAUGAGACAAGGCAAGAUGCUUGCAUCCAAGACUCUGGUUUGGAGCCCCCGGUCUAUGUACCUCCUCCUUCUUACAAAUCCCCACCUCACCAAAACGUGACCCCACAUCCCCUCAAUGAAGUGCCUGACACCAACACGUAUGCCACCAGCGAUCAGCAGGGUCCUGCAGAGCAGGUUGUACCCUGCCAACGACCAGCUGUGAAUACUUUUGAAGUGGGGGAGGACCCUUGCAAAGACAACCAUCUUCCUCAUGGGAAACAAAGCCAUGUGAGGCGCCCCACUGACUACCUGCGUUCUGUUCAGUAUAUUCCCUUUGAUGAUCCUCGGAUACGACAUAUUAAAAUUGCACCACCAGAAGGUCUGCAGCACAACACUAAAUACACUGAAAAUGCAUGUAGUCCCAGUUCUGGUGCUUUACAAGAGAGAGAUCUUGAAGUACAGUACAACAGUGCCUUUUUGGAUCCAUCAAACUUGUCCAGUUCUGCAAAGGAAGAAAGAACUUCCAACAGCUCCACUCAUAGCAACAGAUGGUUGGCACCAUCCACCCGAGAUCAGGAAAACUGUGCCUUGCCUGACCAAAGAGACAGUUGUAGCACAACUAAUCACAGCACCCGUAAUGAAGACAGUGCAGAGUACACAAAAGGCAAAUUUUCUGUAAGAAAUUCACAUAUGGACAGCACCUGUGAGACUGUUACAAAAGUAAAAAAGUUUGAACCUGGAACUGGGAUGCAGAGCAAAAAGAGUUCAAAGAAAAAAAUGAAUGAAACUAUAUUUUGUUUGGUCUCUAUCCCAGUUAAAUCAGAAUCCAAUCUGCCAGAUACAGAUAGGAACAACAACAUAACCCAGAGCCCUGAUAAGAAUGGGUUUGAUAACAAUGGGGCUUUGCAAGAACAAAGUCUCUUAAGUAUGUCUUCAACUGACUUGGAGUUACAAGCGCUUACAGGAAGCAUGACCAAUAAAAAUGAGUUACAAAAACAAGAGCUGUGGAGACCAGAAGAGUUCAAACAAAUGAAUGACCUCAGAUUUAUUCAGCCUGCAAAACACAGAGAGCUCAAAUACUCUGGCUCCUGGCCAGGUGAUCAGUACAAAGACCAGCAGACACAGACCAGUUUUGCCGAAGAACCAAAAAGCCCACAAUUUUUCCAUGGUACAAAGCCUGGGCAGCCCAAUACUAACAAAGUGCUGUCUCCGAAGCUCCUAGGACGUACAGCAUCCACGAUAGGGUCAAAACAGACAGGGUUACCUUCUGACGGGAGGAGCUGCAGACAGAGCGCUUACGGGAUGAAGGGUCAGAUGCACCUCAGCCAGUCUAGCAACAGUGCAUUUUCUAGGACUGCCAGCUCGGUCCUUCAGGCCCCCUCCCUAAAAGCCCACCACAGCCAGCCUGUGCCUGCCCAGGAGAGGGAAACCAGCCUUCUUUCCAAGGGAGAUGUAGUUAAGGGAGACGCAGGCGCUCCCUGCAACAGUAAAGAGCUGUUUGGGCAGUUCCUGUUGAAGCCUGUAAGUCGCCGUCCCUGGGAUGCAAUAAGUGAGCUAGAAAGUUUUAACAAGGAGCUGCAAGGGCAGGAGGAGAGCACAAGCAGUGAAGAAGAUUUGGAAGGUGCUGUGGCUUCUCCACAGGCAGGUGCCCUUACACAGAGGAGGGCGUCCAGAAAUGAGAAGUCAAACCAGGAGCCAAAACACAGUGGGAAAUCGGAAACAGUUGUGCCAGAGGUGCCGGUAUUUAAGUCAGGAAGAGUUAAAAGUAAGUCUGAAAGUUGGAGCAUGGGGACAGAACGUGGCAGCGAGCCUGGCUGCAUUGGUUCUCAAGGCUCCUCACAGCCAGGAGGGAGCAGUGAAGGAGUUGGGCCAGCAGAUGGAAGUCUGAUAACAGAAAUGAGGAUGGGGGAAGCCAAGAGCAGAACAAACAAGCAGACAGUUCACGUGGGCCCUCUCAAGAGAGUUUUGUCCAGUAGCCCAAGCAGUUCAUGUUACAGUAAUCCUUUCAAUAACCCUGUCUUGCAGGAGAUGAGUGAAGACCAAAAUUACCUAGACUUUGUUAAACUGAGCAAAGGUGCAACUCCCACAAAUGAUACAGCGUUAGAGAGAGGCUCGGUAGUACGCUUGUCACUAACAAAGAGGAACCAAGGGCGCUCUGAGCCAGAUUUGAGAUCAGUGGGACUUGAUGUAGCCCCAGGACCUGGUGCUAACAAUUCUGAUCACUCUUCAAAUGCAAAUGCAGUGGAAAUCCCUGUGAAUGAGUCAUUGCAGGCAAGAGCUGCAAGAAUUUUAGGUAUAGAUAUAGCAGUGGAGUCUCUCCUUCCAGAUGACCAUGUUGGGCCGCACCCAGGCGCUAGCCCUGGAAAUGGUGCCCAGGAGUUUGGGUCAUCAAUGGGGAGCACAGUAAGUGACAAAGAAGGAAAAAAAGAUGGUUCUUAUGAAGGCAGACGAAAGUGUGGCUGGACAGAGAGUGUUCUCUUUGUUGGGGUGGGAGGACGAUCUUUAUACCCUGAUGAAUGCCAGACCGCUCACCAGGAAACCAGUGCUAAAACACUAGUAACUGAGCAAGUUCUUGAACACCCUGCAAGUCCUAGCCAAGGUGAGGACCAAAACUUGGUUUGCAAGUCAGCUGUGUAUCAGCACUCAGAAAAGAGAGUGAGAAGCACCUCAAAAGUGAUAGAGACACUCCAAGGCAAGCUCACUUCUCCACCUAGUCGGACUGCCAUGGAUCGCUUAGUGCGAAUGAAAGAAGUUGACUCUGUGUCCCGGAUGAGACGCCUGAGCAUUAAGAGCGCAGACUCGGGAGAGGAGGUGGACGAGGAGAAGCUGUCGAGGGUACAAGAGGAGAGAGGAAGUAAACUGGCAAGCUCAGGGGCAGUUUCUAAUCGUGUUAUCUCUCUCAAUGAAAAUGGAUAUUUAGGUGGAAUGGACAAGAAAAAGAUCAUCAGAGACUUUUCUUUAGAUACAUAUGACCCCACCAAAGUUGAAAAGGUGUAAGAUGAAUGGAGAGGAGAAUAGAGAUUUCUGCUCUACUAAGAAUGUUUCACUGAGUUUUUUCCUGGGUGCUUUUUGUUUGUUUUUUGUUCUUUGAUGCUUGGAAAUCACUUCCAUUUGUGGUGUUCAUGGUGUACUCAUCAUAAUGCCUUUACCACUGUCACUAGGAAUUAGCUAUUCAUAUCUGAAACUGUUGUGGAAACCACAGAAGAAUCUGAUUUCUACAUUGGAACCAUCUGGCUUUGUAGCAUUAGGACUUAAUACCUACUGUUGGUAAAGAGUUUUUAUCCAAACUCCAUUUGAGUCUUCAGUGGGGAUGAUGAAAUGCAUGAAAUGAGGCUUUUGAGCUUUCUCUUUGGUGUAAACAUAAACGUGGGAGAUUAGUGAAAUGAAUUUUAAAAGAAUGUGAAUUUAUAAGCUAAACUUCUAAGUAUCUACAGUCUAAACUUUGUUUAACUUAAGGGAUUUUUUUGCCAUAAGUAGAAAGUGCUGCUGCACUAUGUGGGGGAAGGAAUGUGAGAGAAUGGUAGCAAAGACUGAUUGUGAAAUUAUUUCUGACUUCCAGAGUUUGAAAUUACUCAGAUUAAAUACUUACUUGCCACCUAGAGAGAAGAAAAGCAAAAAACCCAAAGCUUCUAAAAGAUGGAAGACUUUUCUAGUACAGUGUACAGAACGUGUAAUUAUAGUAGCUGGCAACUAGUGUUUCAAACCAAUGCAAAGUAUACCACUGGCUGUUUUGCACUCAGUAUUACCUAUUUUUGUUUUGCUGUUUAGAAAUUCUUUAUAUGAAAGAAUAGUAGCUGGUUUAAAAUAGCCCAUUUUAACAAAGUAACUAUAUUUCUUGUUACAGAAUACUAUCUAUUUUUCUACGAUGUAAACAAUUGCUAACAAGUGGCAAGUAUAAAGAGGUAUUAUUAUUAUUAUUAUAUUUUAAGAAGACUUAUCCCUCUGAGUGAAGGUGCCCCAAGCAGAUUUCACUUGUAUAUCUUAAUGCACACUCCAUAUUGCCACAUACUCAGUAGUGCUACCUUACUUUGUUCUGACAAGAGCCAUCUAUGUAUGUAUGUAUGUAUGUACCACAGGGUUAAUUUCUGGUUUUCCCACUCAACCCUUGGAUCAUUCUUCUUGGACCACCUUCUGAAACACAACUGAGAACUGUCCGGGCUGGUGUUGCUGCCAUUACAUUCCAGGGAUGGUGACUACCAAAAACUGGGUUUGGAUGUUUGUCCCGGUGUCUCUGAGCGGCUCAGAAAAAUACCUGAUUGGUUUCUUUUACUCUGUUCCCUUUUACACAUUAUGGGUUUGGAUUAGGCCAGUGUAUAAAAAUAACAAACCUGGGUUUAAUUCUUCCCUGAAGUCAACUGAUGUUGCUGGGGAGGAGUUCAGGUAUCUUCUUGAUGGCAUUUAAAUACAUGGCUUUAAGUAUAUUUUAUCUGCACACACAAAUGCAUGAAUUACAGAGUUUAUAAUAAAGCCUAUCAUUCUCUUCUUUGACACUGAAUUAGCCUGCAUAGUAUCUGUGUCUUUACAGCCUUUAUGCCCAUUCCUGUGUGUUUCUUUGUAAGUAUGUGUGUACUAACAUUCUUCUGAUUACUUGUUCAUGUAGUUCACCAACCUAUUUUACUGGCCUUUUCUGGUUUUGAGCAUAAUUUUGUUUUUUAAAAUCUUCUAAUUUCUUAAAAUAUUUUUCCUAAGUCUGUAAUUGGAAAGAACGAUAGGGAAAAGCACUCAUCCUGUGUUUUGGCAGCAAGAAUUUCUUGUCUGUAACACAAUUCUGUUACAUAUUGACUAUUUAAAGCUUGUUUGAAAAGAAAAUGUGGUGUAUAAUUGAUUUUAUUCACUCUUGUGCAUGCUGUGUAGCAAUACUUGUUGACAACUGUUCCUACCACUCUUUCUAUAUCCACCUUUCUUCAUCACCAUCUGAGAUAUCUGGGGGCUAGUUAAAAGCUACGAAACAUGUUUCUUCACCUGCCCCAAUUCUGCCCAUAAAAAAACCAGUUCCUAAAAAGAAUUACUUCAGCCCUCAUCAUCCCACUUACUGCUAAAGCUGAGAUGCUUGGCAAUAACUUGAAAGUUUUAAUUUAUCCUUGAUUUCUGGAGAACUGUAAACUGUCACAUCUAACCAGCCCUGCUACCUCCAGUUCAUGUCUCUGUGGAAAAAGAGUUUUCUGUGCAUUUCAUUUUCUUCUGAUGGGGAGGGGGUUAAUUGAUUUUGCAAUGUGUCUGUUUCGUCAGUCAUGUCAAGUAAUUACUUUUCCAAUGCUUGUAAACAGCCAAGAACUUAAAAAAAAUGAAAAGAAAAUGAAAAAAUAGGAAGCAGCAAUAUUGCAAGGAAGGUUUUGUUGGCUAAAAAUGAGAAAUUAAAGCCUAGAGAGUUAGUAAGCUUUGUUUUGCAGUAGUACGUGACUGACCAGUAGAUGAAAGGCUAGAGUUAGUACUGCUCUAAAAACGGUGUAUUCCUCUAACAACACUGGCUGUUUCAUUUCAUACUAUGAUACAGACAACUAAGAAAUGCAGGAAGUACAGUUUUAUGAACAACUGUGGCUCAGUGUGUCUACAGUACCUGUGCCAUAAUUAAAAUGUCAGCCACCCGAAUGGGCUGGAUGGUACCACAGCUGAACACCUUCCCAGAAGCCUUUUGCCAGUUGCAAACAGCAGUUAACAGAAAGCUCCUUUUACACCAGAUGUAGUUAAAAAACAGUAAACGGAGACUUUCAGGGUCUGUCUCAAGGGGUGCAUAAAACUGUUGUGGCAACAGCUGUCUCUGAUAAUGGCAAUGGCAGGGGCUCAGGGCUGAGUGGACAGAGAGGAGGAGGAUGUGGCACACUGUUUCCAGGGCCUCCUGCAUUGCAGUCGUGUGACUGCAGCGCAGCAGUGAAGAACUGUGCAUUUAUCUUUAUCCUCAGGAGGAAGAGCAGAGCUAGAACCUUGGAAAUCACGUUGUUACAUGCUGUUGUGGAUCCAGCUUGUGCUGUUGCUGUGCUGGUGCAGCUGAGGAAGCUGGGGCUGGAUGACAGGUUAUCAAAGUGCUUGGGUGGGAAGAUACCAGUUUCACAAGCAUUCCCAGAAAUUCAAGGAACAACUGCAUGCCUGGUUUAUGCAUUUCAAAAAUGUUGAAUGGGGAUACUGCUCAGGAAAUGGAUAGCUAAAUAGGACCUGCCAUCUCCUUCCAUUUACCCUGCUGAAAUCCAGAAUUGAGAGCCAGCCUAAAGGGUUAGUCACAGUAACGGCACCUGGUGGCCGUGCUAAGGUGCCAGGAAGAUAAACAACUAAUCCAAAGCUUCACACUCUUCUCUCUGAGGAAGAAGAGUGGCUCAUGAGCUGCGGGGGCUGCCGAAUCAUCCGAGCACAGCUGUGCUUUCUGCUGGGGCUGGGGAAAGGCAGAGCCACGGCAGGGUGCAAGGUGGCAGGACCGCUGAGGGAGGAAGGUGAGAGCGCUCCCUCACGCGGUUCCCCUCACCACCCACGGGACGUUUGUUUCCACGGAGAAUCACUGUUUUCGGACCCCACUCCAGCCUCCUUUGAACUAUAAUGUAUUUUGAACUAGACAGAUGUGUGGUCUGAGAAGAGCUCUUAAGUAUGUGUUUCAGAUCCCACCGCCAUCGCAGUGAGGGGGGCGGGAUGGGGGAGGCAAAGGAGGGAAACCCCUUUGAACGGCUCAUGCUCACUGGCGAUGGAAAUGCCCAGCAAUGUGCCUGACUAAGCGUCACUUGUCAGCUACUAACUCAAGAAACCUUCCUUAGGCAUAAGAAGGACUGUUGUAUUUCAUACCACAGGUUUUAUGGCAGAUUAGUCUUUACUGCAAACUCUCCUUUAUCAAAACCAUCAAGUUUCCUUGACUCAGCUCCUGAUGUUGGGAGCAAACAGUCUAUAUACUGAAACAUCCAAUAUCUCUUGAAAAAAAUUAAGGACAGCUUAUGCUUAAAGUGGUCAAGUAACAGUAUUAAUCUGUCACCCUUCGAAAAAAUCCAGUCCCAUCAAGAUUAUUUACAUAUAGAUAUUGGAAUUUAGUAAAAUAUUUUUGUUUAAUAUCAUAAAUCAAUAUUAAUAAAGUCAACAUUCUGUUGCCUUUGCCACAUGGACAGCCAGCUGAAUGUUAAUUUUAUAGUACUCUACUUUCUCUUUGGGUUACAAUGAUGAUAUUUUCUUCACUGCCCCAUUUUAAAGGAAAAACUAGUGAAGUGAUAAGGGGAAAAGUAGAAGUGAAAUGUUCCUGCAUUUUAAAUGGCAGUAGUUCUUGCAACUGCAAAGUGGGCACUUCUGUCCAGGUUCAUGACACGAUAGAGGCAAGCAUAUGUGAGAAGUGAAUCUUUACUUGGCAGGAGCCAUCAGCUCAAAGAAGGGAGACAAAACAGUGUUAAAAGGAAUGGAAAGGGUUGACAGCUUUUCAGCCUUUUGAAUAUUUUCUGUAAAGCUGUCCUUUUGGAGGACAUUAGUAUUUUCUUGGUUGAGGAUCAAACAAUCCCCUCAUUUCCCUCCACUGGCAAUAAGCCACGAUGCUGCAAUCCUAAUUUACUGGAGUGAGAUUUAAUUAUAAGUGGAGUCUACAAAGUUUAAACUUCUAUUCUUCUGCAUAAUCCCCAUCAAGGAUCAAGCUGAAGAUUUCAUGAGAUGAUUACUAUAUAAUUGAUUUCAUUAGGAAAGUUGGGAAAUUGUGAUUAAUUCUUAUUCAGACUUGCAUGAAAAUGUUCACUGCAUCUCCCCCUGGGGACUAAAUGAAAGCUGUUUACCGUCAACUCUAUUUUUAAAGAAAAAAAUGUUUCAAACAAAGAAAAAGGGAAAUCCUGAUAUCAACAGCAAAGCCCCAAACUGCAAUGCUACCUCCCACCCACGCUGAAAAACAUGUUUGCAAUAUGGCUUGCAGAGCUGCACAGCAGGGAGAGGGUGAAGAGAACUUAUGUCAGAACUGACGGACACAUGGCUGAGAUUAGAAAUAAAAAUGAAAUUUCUCAGCCAAGAGAAACCGCAAUAACAUACAGAUUAUACAAUGAAGGAGGAACUUUCCACCCUCAACAGCAGCAAUCUCAGCCUUCUUUUGAGCUCAGGACCAGCAAAGAAAAUAAUCAGAAUCAUUCCAAAAGCUAUUCCUAACCUGGAAGGAGAACACGGAGAUAUAUGUCCUAGACAGUAUAUCAGUAUCCUUGUGUCUUUGUCCUUAUACAAUGCAGAUAAUUCUCCAUGGUGACUUUCAAGAUACCAUGGCUUAUCUCCAAAACUAAUACUAUGUCAUUGCCAUGGUUUCUGCUCUAACUGGCCCAAAGGCAGAUUUAGAGGGAUAAAAAGAGAGGAAAUAGGGGUAAGCAAUUACAAUACUAUUUAUAUGAUAGCAGAAGAUUAAUGUGCUUUAAGAAUUUUCUUUGUAUUUUUUUCUGCACAAUGCAAAUACUGUGUUUCUGGACUAAUGUGUAAACUGGAGGGGUGCUGUUAUUCAAGAGGAGACAUUCUCCAAAUAAAGAUUUUGCAUGGA